GUUCUCCAUCUUCAUUGGUCAACAAUUAAUUUCUUUACCAGCUCUGACCUUUGCCUUCAAUUUUGAUUGGCUCUUAUCACGCCGCCUCCGAGCGUGUGUAUGUGUUUACAUGGAAUCUGUCAUAGCUGGGUUGCCCGCUUCAGAAUAUGUGAAAACUGUACAUUGAUUGUUCGUCUGUUCAUUAAAUGGCUUCGUAGCCGCCUAUUAAACCGACAAUAGCGACAGCUGCUCCCAGUUCUCCGCGAAAGCGAGUUUUACUCGUUUCCUCAGUUACUAACAAACAAGACGUAGAUCAGGCGGAAACAAGCACUCGCGAAUUUCCGACAAAUUUUUGACGUUCGGCUUUGAUUCGUACCCAUUCGUUUCCUGAAAGAUUUGUUUUAACUUUGAGAAAGUUUUGGUGCGACGCGUGGUGUGGUGGAUAUGUUGUGAGAGAUAUUUUAGAAGUCGUGGGAUUGUAGGAUGAGCGAAGACACCUGUACAUUAUGCUGACCUACAUCAUCUACCUGUUAGCAGCGGCAUGCCAUGGUGCAGUACUAGGAGAGGAGCCUCGGUUCAACGUGUUCACAAAGAAUGUUACCGUGGUAGUUGGUCAAACGGCUGUCCUUCCAUGUUCAGUUGACAAGCUUGGUGACUACAAGAAUAAAAAAGGAUGGGUUGUUUGGCUGGACCACCGAGAUAAGCUUCUGACGUUUGAAGAUCGUCGGAUCAUAGCCGAUGAGAGAAUCAGCCUCGAGCGGACGUACGUGAAGGAAUGGAAUCUGCACAUCCGGAACGUGAAGGCUGCGGACGAAGGCAUCUUUACGUGCCAGAUCAACACCGACCCCGUACAGAUCCGACCCAUCUGGCUUCACAUCCAUGAACCUGCUAAAAUCAACCGCAUGUUGUCGAGCUCUGACGUGACAGCUAAAGAGGGUGACACCGUGACUCUUGUGUGUAAUGUGACGGGAGUCCCACCACCCACCGUCUCGUGGUACCGCAUCAUAGAAAACGAACGAGACAAAGGAGAAAGAGGCAAAGAAAAGAUAGGAAUCGAGGGAGAGGUUCUACUGAUCCACAACGUCACGCGCUACUGUGAUGACACCUAUGAAUGUGUCGCCUUUAACGGUGUACCGCCGGCCGACAGCAAACGAAUGAGAGUUAAUGUCGAGUUUCCUCCGGAAAUCCGACUGCCUAACCGGAAGAUCGGCCAGAGUCUGGGCAAGGAGACGAUCUUGGAGUGCGUGAUCCAGGCGUACCCGAUCGGUGUGACAGUGUGGAAGAAAGAUGGUAAGAUCCUCGACCAGACGUGGAAGUACCGCACAGAGGUGUACGUGGAUGACGGCAUCACCAUCACGCUCAGUCUCCGCGUACAGUCCAUCGACAGCGACGACUUCGGGGAGUACAUCUGCGAGGCGGAGAAUCUGCUGGGGAAAGACUUUGAAACAAUGGUGCUAUAUGAAUAUAUUGAAUAUAAACCACCACCUACAACUACCACACCAAAAACAAGAAUAACAACUCUGUAUGACUAUGGACCAAGUUAUCUGCCCGGGACAAAUGGCGAUUUUGGUGAUAAACCUGGAACGGGGAUCAUAGAGCGGCCAGACGUUGGUAGUGAGUCAGGUUCAAGUGAACAGAUUCUGGACAAAAAUUCAUCAAGACCUGUUUCAAGGACACACUAUUGGUUGAUGAUGAUAACAAACAUGAUAGUGCUGUGUGUUGAUUGGUCACUUUCUGCGGCGGUCAGGUGAUCCACAGUAAAAGCCAGUGGUGUUCAUGUUUAGCUCAAACACAGUCUGACAAUGCUUCAUAGUGUUCAAAGUGUUCAUUCCUUCAUCAUCUACAUCCGUGGCUGACCAAACAUCUUAACACUGAUUCAACCAUGUAGUUAACAAAAGAAAUAAUAUAGCAGACUAAAAUAAAUGUAUAAUUCAAGCCCAUAGGAACCAGGGGGGACCAUGGCGCCACUCUUAAUGAUGAAAUUAUAUGUACGGGGGGGGGGGGGGGGGGGGGUCCUACUUCAUAUAUAGAAAUAAACAUUUGGCUUGUACACACACACACACACACACACACACACACACACCCAUCUAACCCCAGUAGAGACUGUCUCGAUCCCAUGCACUAGUGAUUGUGACCACCCAAUUCUAUUCAUCAUUCCUACGGGCCUGUAAUUAUGUAGUGUUUUCAAAAAAGUAUUUGGUUUUAGGAAAUAGGCAGUUCUGUUCAUUGACUUAUAUAUUAAAUAUGGUGAACAAAAGUUGAAACUUUGACAGACCAUUAAUCAUAUAUGCAUAUUUAGAAUACGGCAUGGUACUGGAACCGACACUGAUAAUGUGCAAUAAUUAAACUUACGAAACACAAAAUAUAACAAAAUAUAUUAUUAUGAUUAUGCUUUAUGUAUUUAUAUAUUUAUCGUUUUUAUUCUUGUUUUCAUCCAAACACAGUAUUGUAUUUUAUUACUACCCAAAACAGCUUGCAUAAUCGUACAGGUGAAAUGUAGAGAGAGAGUUUGUUUCUGUCUCCGUUUAUAAAAUCUGAUUUUUAUUAUUUUAUGCAUUUACCCUCAAUAUACUUACAUGUGGCAGUAUAGGGUCCAUUUCAUUAUUCACAAAGCCUAAUUACCGGUAAAUGUCGUUAUCAGGUUUUGUUGAUUAUACAUGUAUACUUUCCCAAGUUUUUCAAAAACAAAAGUAUAGAAAUAUUUUAUAAUGGUGUUUUUUAACCAUCAUAGUUGAAAUUGAUUUUUAUUAUUACAUCAAUGUAGAACAUAUUUGUUAAAGAUACUUUCCUGAGUUUAUAUCACCAUUGUUAAGAUGUUGCUGACUAACAGAAACAUUUUAAAGACUAAAAUUGCAUAUUAAAUACAUUUCUCUGCAUAAAAUAUCAGUGGCUGUAAAUUAAUGUGUUGCUGAUCAUCCUAGUGUUUGUAAUAGGUCAAACUUCUUUUGUUUCACUAAGUCAUGUAUAUAUUUUUUCAUACAUACAAAAUUAUUGGGGGAGGGGGUGUAGGCAGGACGUAGCCCAGUGGUAAAGCACUCACUUGAUGUGCAGUCAGUUUGAGAUCGAUCCCCA